GAUGCGAGACAGCUUGCCGAAGUGGAGAUCACAACACAGCUUCGGAAGCAUGUGCCUUCUACUUCACCGGCUCUUACACUGACGUCACUGUCUGUCGCCUCUACAGCUCCUGCAGAAGUCUGGUCCAGGAGGUGAACAGCCAUGGCGAGCUGUUCGGUGUUAUCAAGACGAGGGCAUGUCUCAUUGCAGAUCCCGAGUCGUGCAAACCCAUGAAGCGCGAAAAGUGGCUUGCUGCUGGUGCUGACAUUUCCGACCAAUGCCUCUUCGAGGACCUGAUCUCCCAGUGCGACGCAGCUUUGAUCCAUGGAGGUCACGGCAUCUCCGAAUGCGGUUGUGGCGAUCGAUAUGCCGGCAGCCUGACAGGGGUUGUUGCAUUCCAUGUUCUGGACCUCAGCAGCUCAGCACUUCCGCUCUGCCAGGACGGAGAGUGGGUGGAUCCGAAGGGUGGGCACUCGGUUGAGAUCCGCAGCUGGAACAAUCUCUGCUUGGCGAGCGAUUCGGAGCAAACACAGCGAGCAGAGAUUACCUUCACUGACAACACGGACCUCCCGGUCCACGUCACCGCACCUUCGCACCGCCGCAGGCGGCGGCACUACACGGACGAGAGCUACCGGCGGCGCUUCGUGGACAGCGGGGAGUCCUUUGGGCGGGUUGGCUGGAAGUCCGGCUUCGUUUAUGGCUGGCGCGGCACAGACGACGAUUGCCGGUUCGACCAGCGGACGCAGGUGUCCAAUCAUCUCAAGCUGGGAUUCGAAGUGAACGGAAACUGUAGAAGGAGAAGGAGAGCCUGCUCCCACGAGAAAUACGAAGACGUGCCUUCCAUUGUGGACUCGAUCCGCUAUACCAUCAGUUUCAAGGUCAGAGUGGUGGGGGACUAUUCUGAUGGAUGGGGCUGGCCUGGACAUUACAGCAGCUCCGCGUGCGCGCAGGACCGCUGCCUGGUGAGUGUGAGUUGCCCCUCCGGCCAGACCAUGGUUAAGUGCGAGGCUGUUCCAACUUUUGGUGCUGCCACAGCGUCCGGCGGUGUGCAGGUGAGCGGAAGCAGCUGCCAGGCCACUGGUGGGAAGCUCGGGGCCGAUGUAAAGCAAGGGUCAUGGAAGGAAGCGAACAAAGACACCUGGACGUCAUGGGCAAGUUGCCCUUCCGGCACUGUCGCCGUGACCCCUGCGGGCUUGCAUGCUGGCCUCACCUUCGGCGGCUACGACUCAGCCUACUACCUGAAACUCAUGGGAGAUCGAAGACGCCGUUUGACGUAUCAUACAAAGACAUGCCCAACUGGCCAGUUCUUGAAGUAUAUCAAGACCUGCGCUGCUGGAAAGUGGGACUCGAUGGACAUGGCCUACUGCACGAGUGGCCAUCGCAUAGAUGGUCAUUUCAGAGAUGGCUGUGAUACAAGACGAAGACGACGGCGAGUUGAGGUGCAUGCGCACGUGCAGUACGACAAUGUUGCCGGCACGCGGAAAGUCACAGGACAGGAGAGGGGCAAUGCAGACAAGGUUUGCUUUGAAGGUGGCACCUGCCGGGGCAACACCAACUCAGAUUCCUACUCAGAGACCUGUGGCGAGCGAGGCCUUCUUGCAGGCUGGAGGGAAUAUGACCGGCGCAGGUCUAUUCAGUGGAUGUGCCGUGAAAUUAAGCCGGUCGUGAAGAGUUUCGAAUGCUCCUCCAGCGGAUGCAAAGCUGAGUGUGCAAACGAUAAGUGCAAGAUCAGACCCAACUGCAUUAAAGCUGCCUCUUCUCAAGUGAAAGAUGGCCCAUCCAAAACAUCAAGCGGUGGCAACAAGUGGACGGCAAUGUCGGAGUGUCCAUCGGGCUACAAGGCCGCGGGACUGCGAUACAUGCGCAUCGAUGGAGACAUCAGAGGAGGAAGAAGCCCGGGUGGCAGUCUUCAUCAAAUCGACUGCUCCAACACAGGAUGCAGGGCAUUGAGCAUGGGCAGGAAGAUUACCAUCAAGACAGCAUGCGUCCAACAUGCUGAAGUGACAGAGGGGAACUUCAUCGACAAAAACCUGGGGUCAGGGUAUACCUCCAAGUCUACCUGUCCAAGCGGCUUCAGUCCAAUCGGCAUCAGGCUCUUGCAAUCCACUGAGCUAUAUGAUACUGUGCAAAAGUGGCACUGUGACUCCUCCGGAUGCAUGGUGGAAUGUAGUGGAGUGGGGAGGUGCAAAGUGCGUGCUAUGUGUCUCUCAGCAAUGACACGGGCACGCGCGACGUGCUCCACAAGCCACAAGAGCCUGGUGAUCAAAAGUUCAACAGGGCCAGACUCACGAUCCGCUCCGGCUUGUCCAGCAACACAUCAAAGUGUGGCGUGUCUCUGCAUCUCCGAUAGUGGUAAAUGUUCGAACUCCAAUGGCGUGGCUGGUCCCAGCUCCUGCACGGUGGAUUUCGGCCGGAGACGCCGGCGACGUCGCAGAUCUCACACGCCCAUGGAGAAAGUCUCGCGAAUUUGCGCGCAAGGUGUGGCAAAGCUCAAAGUGCACUUGGGAACGGCAUCUGCUGAAUUUCAGGAUCUCCGGCAUGACUUCACCACGAAGACCUUGCAGCUCACAGCAAAGGAGUCAGGUAACGUGCGCCUACGCUUUGAAGAGACACUACGCCGACAUGCGAGAUUGUUCUUUGAGGAUGUCAGCAUCACGGACUCCGAAUCUGAUAUGGGCAAGCAAAGCUUGAUGAUCGAUGCAAGCAAUGUUUGUUCCGGUAGUAGAUGGGAGAUCGAGAUGCCGGCAACCGAUGCUGGAACGCCUUACCAGGUCACGAUCACAUACGGAGACAGUCGACGAGCAGUCGACACCUCGACGUGCACGAUCGGGACAGAGGGGCGCAUGAAGGAUGCAUCCCACCCAGACGGGACCAUUGCCAAAAACACCUUUGUGACCGUGGCAAAGACCGUCGUCAUCUACGGCAGCAGCGGCAAGGGGAAGCUGGCAUUCUCGGGGGAGCUUUCAGCGGGCUGCUCGGGAGUCAAUAAGAUCAGCAUCUCCAAGCAGGACUCCGUGUUUUGGUCCGCGUGUGGCGCUGCUUUCAGCAAGGCCUGGAGCCUUGAGUCCUCCAGGCAGGCCCCGGGGAACGUCCAGCUCGUCUACCGCAAUCGACAAGCCGCCGCGUGCGUGGAUCCGAUGACUGGCAACAUGGAGGACUGCGCGUUGGAGACAGAUGUUGAAUCGCACACGAAACAAGUCUUCUCCUUGAACUACUUGGCGCCCCUUGCAGCGCGGUGGACCCACAUGGCCUCCGGACAGAACCUGCAGCCUGGAGCCUGUGUGCGAGCUCAAGACAGGUACCUGCCGCAGCUCAAAGUCGGCCAGCCCCUGGUGUCCUGCGCAAACGGCCAGGUGCUCAGCUCCUUCUCCUUCCGCCAAGAUAGCUCCUGCAACGGUGCAGACUACUUCCGCUACUUCUACAGCUGCACCACCAUCGUCCCCGUGAAGGGUGCCUCGAUGUGCACCCCGAAGACCACACGCUGCGUUGCCCACACAAGCAAUUCUCCACACCUCUGGGAGCUGGACAGGCAUGAUGUGGGAUCACAAUGUGAAGCUGGAACCUUGCUCACGAAGUUCGAGUAUAAGAGCUGCAAUGGAGACGAUGGCGCUGGUUAUCAUUAUGCAUACACUUGCUGUCCAGUGCAAGGUUUGGGCGAAUGCUCCGAAGAAACAACAGAGUGGGGGGAGGUUGGCCAGAGAAGCGACCUGGCAGCCUUGGCGCACCACCGACCUCAGUGCCCUCAAGACAGCGGCUUGCAGCGCUUCCUCCUUGAGUCCAAAGUUCCGGAGGUUGCUCAAGGUGCUCCUCUCCAAGGAGAGGUCAGGUACACCUUUGUCUGCUGCAUGCUGCCGAUGGCACCGCCUGUUAGUGUCAAGACGGGGCCACUGGAUGAUGGCCAUGCAUGGGAAGGCACAUAUUGUCCAGCAGGACGUAGCGAAGGUCGGGCCACCCUUAUGCGAGGAAAGGCGUCAGCGCCGUAUUUCUUCAAGAGAGAGGGCGUUUCAUGUGGCUACCACAAGGACAAGCUGGCCAAGAUUGUGGACGGCGGGGCCUACUUGCCCAGCACCAGGGCGAGUGCCCUUGGCACCUGCGGCCCAGUCUGCGCAGCGGCGCCGAGCUGCGAUGGCUUCAUUUGGAUCGAUGGGAUUUGCGGCUUCCGCUUGGACACAUCAUACAAUGCGGGCUCCAACGCUGGGGCCGACUGCUACACCAAGGUGCCAGAGUCGCAAGAGAUGAAGAUCAAGUUUGACCGUCUUGCUGGCCAUUGGUGCAUGAUUUCUCACGUCCAGAAUCAACUUUGUACCACUGCGGAUGUAUCGCAUCCACUUCAGCUACCUCCAGGUGGCGAAGGUCGUGUCGACUACUCCCCAGUUUUGCCAAUGGACACUGAGUUUGAGGGCAAUGGUGCCGUGGAAGUGGCGCACGACUCAAUGGCUCAGAGCCUCCUAGGAACUUCCAAUUCGGCGAUGAGCCAAGCUGGGACCAACGGCGGGUUGGGAAACAAGAAGUUCAAGAAGUUGCCAAAGAUUCCAGCAGCCAAAUUCAACAUGGCAAAGUUCGAGAUGGCGGAGUUCAAGCCUUUUGAAGGUGAGCGCCAAGAGCUUCAACAGCGUGGUGUGACGGAGGCGGUGUUGAAUUGGAACCCGGAGCCCGUAGAGUAUGCUCCUCACUGCUUGGCCCGAGAGAGCCGUGAGAUGAUCACGGGUGCUGAGCCUGUCGGCCCGGGAGACCACUACCUCACGGUGGAGGAGAGGCAAAAGGACGUCGUUGGUGCAUGUUACCAUGCCCUCGGUGCAGAUGCCAGCGGGGCAGCAGCUGUGGAGACAUGGGGCGAAGAGGGCACUCCAGGGAAGAAGAACACAGAUUGGCAAGAACCCUACUUUGCCGCCAAUCCUACUUUCCCCGGUCUCACAGCCGACGCGGUCUGGGACUGCAGCACUCGCGACAUCAAUCGUGGAUACAAGCUGGCAAUGUGGGACCGUGAAGCCGAUUUUGCAAGCAGCACCAUCGAGGACUUUUCCGAGCCAGUUGUGACAGAAGCCUGCAAGAAUAUUCCUGGGACAGUUGCGCUGGCUGGUGCUAUUGCUGCUUAUGCAGGAACAGAUAUGGAUACCGGAGACAUGUGUGCGGCCGUCGCCAGUGCGGUAUCUGCAGGCUCCCUGUUCGCCAUUGCCCAGACGCAGUAUUACAGGGCGCUGAGGUACGACGAAAGCGACUUCCAAGAUUGCAAUCCUUUGCAGAACACAAUGGCCAAGGUUUACUGCGACCUGUCAUGCGUUGAGGACGCAGUCAAGCGAGGUGACCAGAAAAUCCUGACGUCUAUUGGCACGUUGAACAGAAACAUCCUUUCAGAGAUGAAAGAGUUCUUCCACCACUAUGUCACCGAAAUCUUCGGUCGGUUGACACACAUGGAAGACAAGUCCAGCCAUGAGAGUCAACAGCUGAAGCGGGUCAUGGACACUUACGCUCAGUCAGAUCUGGACGCAGUGAAUUCGAACGGAAAGCAGAUCAUCAAAGCAAUGAACUCGCAGCACACCGCACUUAACAAGAAUCUUGGCAUUGCUGCCAAGCAGAUCUUUGACCUCACGCACGAGGAGCACAAAGUCAUUGCCGCGAAGAUGGAUGCACAUCUGGCUGCGACUUCUGAUGCCAUUGAUAACUUGAAAGAGUCAACGGUGCAAGGCUUCCAUGAUGCCUUCAGCGAGUUCACCGAAGCCCUAGCACCGGAAGAGGGUGCAGGCCUCACGCAGUUGAGAGAAACCCACACGGCCGCCAAGCGAGCUUUGGAAGAGAUAUCAACUUGGCAUCUGGACGGGUCGAUGCACCGCCUCGGCUCUGCCAAGCUGGAGCAAGUUGAGCAGGCCCUGCUUGCCCUGCGCAAACAGCUUGCAAACGCUCGUGCACGGCAAGCUGGAGGGGAAGCAUCGCCCAACGCCACACAGCGGUCCAAGUGGCUCCAGGACGGAACGACGCUUCACCGCGACACGAUGGCCGUUGCCAGAUCGCUGCUGGGCCUGAAGGGUCCGCAGGGACCGCAGGCGAACCUGCCUGAAGCGCCUGCUCUCAUCGACUCGGAGAUGAAGAAGCUGCUCAAGGCGGCGCAGAGCUCGAUCCAAAGCCACCGCUCUUCUGCGAAAGCGAUGAAGCGGCACGUCGCCUUCCUGAGGAAGACGGGCGAGUCGGAGGCUGAGGCCGUGAAGCUUCACACGGAAUCUUUGGUGGAGUUCGACAAGAUCCUCCUCAAGAUCCGACAAAGCGCUGAGGAGUACUUGGAAGCAGCAGCGGAGCAAGUGGGCCAUGUGAGCACGGCGACAGAGCUCACUGAAGGCUAUUUGUCCCACUGCAGUGCUGAUCUCUUGGAGGUGCAGGUUGCCGCAAAGCGUGCCAUGCAUUCGGGCCAGCGAGCAGCGAAAACGGCGCGCAGAGCACUGAAGGAGGUUACCCAGCAGGUUGGGCUUCUGGCAGAAGUGAUGGUCGACGGUGGUCUGGUCCGCUCUGCGCUGCAAGCAGCCGCGUCAGCGGCAGUGGAGGCAGCGGAGUCCGAGGCAACUCAGAUGGCCGAGCCCGGCUUGGAAAGCUUGGAUGGAGUGACCGACAUCCGUGUGCGGCCUGCGAAUGAAUCCAAGAUCAUUCUCCAGCAGCUCCAUGCCUUUAUCUCUCGGACCGCACGCGCGGGCACGGGGCAGGCGUCUACGCUGCUCCAGAUGCCCAAGCUAUUCCACACCCUGCACAGAAGCAUCUUGAGACAGCUGGCAGAAUGGAUGCCACCAGUUCUGCCAAAAGCCCAGGCAGCCUUCAAACUGGCGCUUCACCUGCGUCAUCGCCACGACAUGCAUGGCUUGGCGCGCAGCGGUGGUGAAGAUGCGCGGCUCAUGCAAUCAGCCUGGCAACGUCUCUAUGCUGAACUUCUAGAGAUGGCUGGAGAAAGCCGCGUGCGUCAUACUGCGCUGGGUGCAUUGUUUGCCCAGCAGUUGGAUGCAGUCUUGGCUUCAGCAGCACCAGUACCACCAAACUGCAGUCGGACUGGUCAGGAGGGCUGGAUGCUGUGGGCUGCCAUGCCUUCGGACCCGACCGCCUACAUCAUUGUCAAGGGUGCAGCCAAUCUCGUUCAGCAUGCCCGAGGACGACAUCACCGGAGGUUGGACUUUGCCGCCAUCUCCAAGAGCUCCCAGGAUACAGGGAACUUUGAAGCUCUGGUUUGCAACUCGCAGACCGGAUCCGCACGGACGCUGCAAGUUGGUGAGUUU